GAUAACAUUUGUUUGAAGCAGACUCUUAUAAGCAGUAAAAUUUGACGGGAGCGCGAUAUUACGUAUUAGUUCAAUAGCUGACGUGAAGAACUAAGCAUCUGUUUCUAGUUUUAACGAGUGAAGAAAGCUUUAUUAUUUAAUUUUUCAUAAAAAUGCCACCACACGAUCAUCAUGGACCGCCACAUCACGGUGGACCACCUCAUCACGGCGGACCACCUCACCACGGUGGACCACCACACCACCAUGGACCGCCGCCUCCACCACCACAUCAUCACCAUGGGCCACCACACCACGGCCCACCACACCACGGACCACCACACCACGGUCCACCACAUCAUGGUCCGCCACACCAUGGUCCACCACACUUCGGACCUCCACACCAUGGACCUCCACAUCACGGACCCCCACAUCAUGGACCUCCACAUCAUGGGCCACCACAUCACGGACCGCCGCAUCACUAUUAAUACGGAUAAUAUUCUUAUAAAAAAAAAUUAAUUAAACAUUUUUUAUUUAAAUUAAGUGGUAUAAAUUGUGUUGAAAAAUGGAAAAACCAAAAAUUACAAAUUAAGCGAAUUUUUUUCAGAAAAUAAAAAAAAU